UACAUUUACGAGAUUCGAACUCGUAAAGUGCUGCAAAAUACAUGAGUAAGAUCCCCGACUUUCAACUGUUUUACCACCCAAUGAUACGAGUUCGAAUCCCGUAAAUGUAACUUUUGUUCUAUCUUUUUAUUUUGUUGGUACUGUACUACAGAAUUCUUUUACGUGACACGUUUGCACAAAAGAAGCUUCAAAGUCGAUUAUGUGUUAUUUGUAACAAUUUUAUUUCAAAGGAAGAGCAAGGUGGUAACUUCCUGUUUCAACAUAUACAGAGCAAGCGACGUUUCAACUCGAGUGGACUUUCUCUCAAAAGACUCGACAACGGUUUGUUUAGACCAGACACUGUAUACGAGAAGGUUUGACAUUGAAUUGAUGAAUUCAACAAUACGGCAUUCGCGAGGACAGCUACGUGUUCUCUCGCUAUUCGUAACUACGACAACAACAGACGCAUUCGGCGGAAAGUCGCCAGUUAACAGGGUCUCCUGUUAAACCGUAACACCGGCGCGAGCACGUCUCGCGGCAGUAAGCGCAGCACGGAAGAGAGAAAGCCAUGACGACGGACUCCUCACUCCUCAACUCCGAGCUGGAGUUACAGCAGCAAGAGGAGCUGUAUCAGCAGCUGCUGCUGCAGACGAUGGGAAAGAUACCAACUGAAAAUCCAGACUCCAAAGUAAUUCGACCACAACCUGGCAUGUGUGUGAAGACUCUCUCGGAGCCAGGCCAUCAGAAGAUCUUCGUCAACAUCUGCCAGUCAAACUCGGUCCCGCUGCCUCCAGAGAUCUCCAGAGAGGAGCUUGUGGAGCUGCUCCAAUCGGAGGAUCCCAGCGGCUACAGAGUUCCCAUGAGCCUCGGCGAGCCACACACAGAAGUGGACAACAACUCUCAGGGUUGCACAGCGUAUGAUGUGGUCGUCAACCAGGAGUUCUUCCAGCAGUGCCAGGAGGAUCCCUUGUUCCAGCAGUUUGUUAUUUUGGUGUCUUUGGAGGGUUUGGAGAACAAAUACAAUCUGGAGCUAAGUAGAGACUGGAAGGUGUUGAAGAACAGAAAGUUCCUGGGUUCCGUCAGCGAGCAGAACAUUCGGACGAAGAGCAGGCCGGUGAUUCAAGAGCUGCAGCCUCCGGAGGAUUCCACUGCUACGGCCAAAAGACCAGAGUUCACGCUGCUCAUAGAGCCCCCUGCUGGUGAACCUGAGUACCUCAUUGCAGAAAUACAGCUACCCGGAGUGCCAUCGGCUCGCUCUCUGGUCCUGGACGUCGGAGAGGACCGCCUGACGUUGACAGCUAGGCCUUCGCUCUUCCAUCUCGACGUCUUCCACGCCUUCCUCGUUGACCAGGAGAACAGCGUGGCACAGUACAACAACAGCACUCAGGUCCUUACAGUCACGAUGCCAGUGGUGUCCUCGUGAAACUGAGGAAGUCCUGUUAUUUAAUAUGAUGCUGUGAUAAUAAAAGUUUUUUCUUUUUUUCUUAA